AUAUCAGCAGUUUGUUGUUGACAGAUUCGUCCUGACACGAUCGAAAGACGGAGUCGUGACUGAUUAGUUACCGACAUCUUCCGGGACCUGAAAAUAUUCCAUUCCUAUUAUUUUAGAAUAAAUCAUGUCACUGUCACUGACCGUAUUCUAGACCCUGUACGCUGUACUCCUUAAGUCUUACCUUGGAUUGAUGAUCAGGCAAUAACUACAGUUCAAAAUUAGAAUGGCGGAGCAUCCAUCAACAACAUCAGCCAGUCAUUCACAACAAUCUGUACCAGACUUCGUUGAACUGAAUGACCUCAUCAGUAAUAGGAUUGGAGGGAAGAUUUUGUUUGCGACUGAUGACUGGUUUGCUGUUGCUGAGAACCUCCUGAAUCCUGAGCCAGCACAGUGGAAGGAAGGAGAGUUUACAAAAUAUGGUAAAUGGAUGGAUGGUUGGGAGUCUAGAAGGAAACGAAUCGCUGGUCAUGAUUGGUGCAUCAUUCAACUAGGUAUCUCUGGUUUGAUACAUGGAGUGGAUGUAGAUACGUCUUAUUUCACUGGAAACUAUGCUCCAAGAAUCUCCAUCCAGGCGGCAUGUCUUGGAGACGAUAUUGUUUUCCCAAAGAGAACUGCUACAAUGGGUUCAGCUGCAAGUGACAAAGACAAAACAGAAAUUGAGAAGAUGGGAAUUAACGAGUGGGAGGAUAUCGUAGAAGUUACACCCCUUCAACCAGGCUAUAAGGAUACCUGUCAUAACUACUUUACUGUGAACUCAACUAAGAGGUGGACCCACCUACGCCUUAAUAUGUACCCUGAUGGUGGUAUAGCUCGACUGCGGGUGUAUGGAGAAGCCGUUCCUAAUUGGUCAAAAGUGUCUCCUCAUCAGUUAACCAACCUUGUUGCAGUAGAAAACGGAGGGGUCUGUCUUGGUUAUAGCGAUGUCCACUUUGGUCAUGCAAGGAAUCUUCUUACUUUACCGCGGUCACUAACAAUGGCUGAUGGAUGGGAGACAGCUAGAAGACUUGACCGACCUGCCAUACUUGAAGCAGAUAACCAUGGAGUUUUAAAAGUACAAGGCUGGGAGUGGGCUGUCUUCAGACUAGGCCAUCAGGGAUGCAUUAAAAGGAUUGAAAUUGACACGAAUCAUUUCAAGGGCAAUUAUCCAGAUUCCUGUUCGAUAGAGGGGUGUAUUAUGUCAAGUGCUAAUGAGAAACGAUGCCAUGCUUACAGAAGUGGCAAGACCAGAGGAGAUUUUUCAGACUGUAUGUGGACAGUGAUUUUACCUCCUAGUAAGCUCUCGGCACAUAAUCAACAUUUCUAUGAAUCCACAGUCGUUGAUGUUGGUCCUGUCACCCAUGUACGUCUUAUUAUGCGUCCGGAUGGCGGCAUAAGUCGUAUGCGUCUUUGGGGAUACAUUCAUAAAAUCGCUGCCAAAAUGUAACUUAAGCAACUUAGACCAAUGUAAGAACUUACUACCCAGUAGUGAAGGUAAUAACAAGAAGACCCCUCAAUCCACUUAAAGACACUGGACACUAUUGGUAAAUGUCCAAGACCAAUCUUUGUAUCUCAACAAAUGCAUAAAAUAACAA